UGCUCUCCCUGAGGACGUCACAGGGGCUGGGCGGUGGGGCCCGGGUGCCGAGCUAGGGGCGGAGCUGGGAGAUGGCGUCCGCAGCCGCUCGCUGGCUGGCAUUGGCAUCCGUCCGAUCCGGGGCUUUACGGAGCGGGCCGAGCUUGAGGAAAGGUGGCGAUGUCUCCGCCGGAGGGGGUGGCUCAGGUCGGAGCCUGGUACCGUCGAGGUCAGUCAUCGUUACUCGCAGCGGCGCCAUUUUGCCCAAACCCGUGAAAAUGUCCUUCGGCCUUCUCCGUGUGUUCUCCAUUGUGAUCCCCUUUCUCUAUGUCGGGACGCUCAUUAGCAAGAACUUUGCUGCUCUACUUGAGGAGCAUGACAUUUUUGUCCCAGAGGAUGACGACGACGAUGACUAACAGGACAUGGAGGAAGUACAGAAAGGAGACAGCCCUUAAUUCAGAUAUGGUGAUCCUCAUAGCCUCUCCUACUUCCCUAUCAGCAGAAGGGCCCAGGGAAACCCCUCAGCCUCCUGACUCCAGCGAAGCCUCCUGCACCGUCUGUGACCAUACCCCAGAUCCCCAGGCUCUGGGAGGUUCCCCAAAAAUGUGCUAUCCACUGAGCACAAUCAACUUACGAAUAAACAUAAUAAAUAUCAGCUCUGUAUGA